CUGCUGCCCCCGCCGCUGCGCUCGGGCGCGGGGAGCCGGACCCUGACCGGACCGUCGGGGUUCGAGCCCGCAGCCUGGUGCGGCUCGCCCUCCGCCCUGGCCCCCGGCCCCGGCUCCCGGGAGAGCCAUGGCCGGCGCCCGGCCCGGGGUGCACGCGCUGCAACUGGAGCCUCCGGCGGUGGCCGAGAUCUUAAAACGGGGCAGCAAGUUCAUCAAGUGGGAUGAGGAGGCUUCCAGUCGGAACCUGGUCACGCUCCGGGUGGAUCCCCAUGGCUUCUUUCUCUACUGGACCGGACCCAACAUGGAAGUGGACACGCUGGACAUCAGCUCGAUCCGGGACACGCGCACGGGCCGCUACGCCCGCCUGCCCAAGGACCCCAAGAUCAGGGAAGUCCUGGGUUUCGGAGGUCCGGAAACGAAGCCGGAGGACAAGCUGGUGACCAUAGUGGCUGGCCCCGACCCCGUGAACACUACUUUCCUCAACUUCAUGGCUGUGCAGGAAGACACUGCCAAGAUCUGGGCGGAUGAGCUCUUCAAGUUGGCCAUGAACAUCCUGGCCCAGAACGCGUCCCGGAACACCUUCCUCCGAAAAGCGUACACCAAAUUAAAGCUCCAGGUGAACCAAGAUGGGCGAAUCCCGGUCAAAAACAUCCUGAAGAUGUUCUCUGCUGACAAGAAGCGAGUGGAGACGGCGCUGGAGUCCUGCGGCCUCAAUUUUAACCGGAGCCAGUCGAUCCGGCCAGACGAGUUUUCCCUGGAGAUCUUUGAGAGAUUCCUCAAUAAACUGUGUCUCCGGCCCGACAUAGACAAGAUCCUGCUGGAGAUCGGUGCUAAGGGGAAGCCGUACCUGACCUUGGAGCAGCUCCUGGAAUUUGUCAACCAGAAGCAGCGGGACCCGAGGCUGAACGAGGUCCUGUACCCCCCGCUCCGGCCGGCCCAGGCCCGCCUGCUCAUCGAGAAAUAUGAGCCCAACCAGCAGUUCCUGGAGCGAGACCAGAUGUCCAUGGAAGGCUUCAGCCGCUACCUGGGCGGGGAGGAGAACAGCAUCCUGCCCCCGGAGACUCUGGACCUGAGCAACGACAUGACUCAGCCCCUCAGCUCCUACUUCAUCAAUUCCUCACACAACACCUACCUCACAGCGGGGCAGCUGGCGGGGACCUCCUCGGUGGAGAUGUACCGGCAGGCGCUGCUCUGGGGCUGCCGCUGCGUGGAGCUGGACGUGUGGAAGGGCCGGCCGCCGGAGGAGGAGCCCUUCAUCACGCACGGCUUCACCAUGACCACCGAGGUGCCGCUGCGCGACGUGCUGGAGGCCAUCGCCGAGACCGCCUUCAAGACCUCGCCCUUCCCCGUCAUCCUCUCCUUCGAGAACCACGUGGACUCGGCGAAGCAGCAGGCCAAGAUGGCCGAGUACUGCCGCACCAUCUUCGGGGACGCCCUGCUCAUAGACCCGCUGGACAAGUACCCGCUGGCCCCGGGGGUGCCCCUGCCCAGCCCGCAGGACCUGAUGGGCCGGAUCCUGGUGAAAAACAAAAAGCGGCACCACCCGCCCCUGAACCUCGGCGAGGGCUCCGUGCGCAAGCGGCCCCUGGAGCAGAGUAACUCGGCCCUGAGCGAGAGCUCCGUGCUCACGGAGCCCUCCUCCCCGCAGCUCGGAUCCCCCAGCUCGGAGGCCUGCUCCACUCUGAGCAAUGAGGAGGAUCUCCUGGGCGCCAAUCCUGAGCCCCGAAAAUCCAUUGACCGAGAGGCCGAAAGUGAGGAGGAGGAAGAGGAGGAGCCGCCCGACCCCAAGAAGACCUCCACAGAUGAGGGAACAGCCAGCAGCGAGGUGAACGCCACUGAGGAGAUGUCCACGCUGGUCAAUUACGUCGAACCUGUCAAGUUCAAGUCCUUUGAGGUGGCCCGGAAGCGGAACAAGAGCUACGAGAUGUCGUCCUUCGUGGAGACCAAGGCCCUGGAGCAGCUCACCAAGAGCCCCAUGGAGUUUGUGGAAUACAACAAGCAGCAGCUGAGCCGCAUCUACCCCAAGGGCACGCGGGUGGACUCCUCCAACUACAUGCCGCAGCUCUUCUGGAACGCCGGCUGCCAGCUCGUGGCCCUCAACUUCCAGACGCUCGACCUCCCCAUGCAGCUGAACGCGGGCGUGUUCGAGUACAACGGGCGCAGCGGCUACCUGCUCAAGCCCGAGUUCAUGCGGCGCCAGGACAAGUCCUUCGACCCCUUCACCGAGGGCAUCGUGGACGGCAUCGUGGCCAACGCUCUGCGGGUCAAGGUGAUCUCGGGCCAGUUCCUGUCGGACAGGAAGGUCAGCAUCUACGUGGAGGUGGAUCUCUUCGGCCUCCCCGCGGACACGCGGCGCAAAUACCGCACGCGGCCCUCCCAGGGGAACUCCUUCAACCCCGUCUGGGACGAGGAGCCCUUCGACUUCCCCAAGGUGGUGCUGCCCACGCUGGCCUCUCUCCGGGUGGCGGCCUUCGAGGAAGGGGGCAAGUUUGUGGGGCACCGGAUCCUGCCAGUCUCCGCCAUCCGCUCAGGGUACCAUUACAUCUGCCUGAGGAAUGAAGCCAACCAGCCCCUGUGUCUGCCCGCUCUGCUCAUCUACACGGAGGCUUCCGACUACAUCCCCGAUGAUCACCAGGACUACGCCGAGGCUUUGAUCAACCCCAUCAAGCACGUCAGCCUCAUGGACCAGAGGUCGAAGCAGCUGGCGGCGCUGAUGGGCGAGAGCGAGGCCGCUCCUGAGACCGCGGAGAAACUGCCUUCUCAAAAGCCGGACCACCCGCAGUUCAAACGGUCCAUCCACGGCUGCACCGAGUUUGUGCCCUCCCAGCCCCCCGGCUCCGGGACCUCCCCCACCAGCCCCGUCAUAAACAGACCAGGUCAGUGCGAUGAGCUCGUCGCCAGCAUCCUGGGAGGUGUCCGUGGCCCCCUGGAGGAGCUUCGGGCCCACAAGUCCCUGGGGAAGCUUCGCAGCCGCCAGGAGCGGGACCUGCGGGAGCUGCAGAAGAAGCAUCAGAGAAAGGCGGUGGCGUUCACGCGGCGGCUCCUCGGCGCCCUGGCCCAGCACCGGGGGGAGAUGGAAAAGAGGCGCAAGAGCGGGGGCCCGGAGGAGGAGGAGGAGGAAGAGAUGAGGAAGUACCGGGAGCUGCAGAAGAAACAGUUCCAGUGUCUGCUGGACUUCAGGGAGGCUCAGGCCGAUUUAGAAGCGGAGCGGCGCCAGGAACACCUGAGACAGGUCCAGCACCGGCUUCGGGAGCUCGUCCUGGAGACGCACACGAGCCAGCUGAAAAAGCUCAAGGAGACCAGUGACAAGGAGAAGAAGGAGCUGCAGAAGAUCCUGGACCGCAAGAGGCACAACAGCAUUUCCGAGGCGAAGACCCGGGAGAAACACAAGAAAGAGGCGGAGCUGAACGAAAUUAACCGGAGGCACAUCACGGAAUCCGUCAACUCCAUCCGAAGGCUGGAAGACGCCCAGAAGCAGCGGCAGGAGCGGGUGCUGAGCGAGCAGCAGCAGGUCCAGGAGCAGCUGGACAAGGAGGAGCCCAAGGCCACGGCCCAGCUGGCCCAGGAGUGCCAGGCGCAGCGCGCGCAGCUGUGCCAGGAGAUCCGGCGGAGCCUGCCGGGGGAGCUGCUCCCGGACGAGGACGAGCCCCUGGGCACCGGCAACGGGCACCCUCUGGGCAGAGCCAGCAACGGGCACCCGCUGGGCAGCGCCAGCAACGGGCACGCCCCGGGGAGCGAGAGGCAGGAGGAGAACACCCAGCUCUGAGCCCGGGGGGGGGGCAGGGCGCCGGUGGAAAGGGAAGACACUAAAGCUGUUUUUAAAACUUUUUAUUUUUUUUUAAAUUUUUUAUUUUUUUAAAUUCGGGGGGCAAGAAGCCCCCCCCUCCGUAACCCUCUCCAGUCCCAGCGGGGGGGUGUCCGUCCGUCUGCAUGUGCGUGCGUGUACCUGUGCAUCCGUGUGUCCCCUUAGUCUCCAGCCCCCUCCCCCCAGAGCUGAUAACUAGGGCGGGCCCUGACCUGCCCGGGGCCAAGGAUCAGCUGAGGUGGCUGGGGAGAUAAGGGAUAAAGUGGGGCCCGCCCCUCCCCCUCACACGAUGCUCACACUCCAGAGGCAGGAAUGCCCCUCCCCCCAGCAUAAUGUCAUCGAGAUCCCGGGAUGUGGUGGAAGUAUCCCCCUCCCCCCACUGUGCUCCCCAGGCCCGUGAAGCCUCUUGGGGGGCGUGGUCAGGAAGGUGGGGCUGGGGACACUCGCUCUCUCCAGCGUUGGGGGUCAGAAGCAUCCAUUUCUGUCUCUUCUGCUUGUUUUUGGUUUCUAUGUCAAUAAAAGUGGAUUCCAAGGCGUGUA